AUGAAGACAGCAGGGAAAUCGGCAGGCCUUGCAACAUCGGCACCUGCUCUCACAACUGCUUGGAAGCAUGCGCAGGUACAGCAGCAGUGGUUGGGGCGCACAGCAAUGUUUGGUCAAACCAGAGCCUUUCCCGGAGGCAGGGGUAAAAACAGAGGGUCUUCACGUGAUGCUGAUGGCGUCGAGUUCAGAAAGCAAAGUGUCAUGUUCUAUGCGUCAACCAAAGAGACUUCCGUGAUACCACCAUGGGUACAAACGUCAGAAGACAAUAUUGGGGGACAUAUCCCUUGGACGCCUGGGACCCUUGGGUCGCCGCAGGCAAUUAGUCGCACACCGUGUCCGUGCGACUACGAACAGAGUGUCCUCGGCAUUCAGUGCUCGUACAAGUAA